AUGUUAUCAUCAAUUGUAUUCUUCUAUGUCAUUUUCCUUGUAUCAUUAUCUCUUUCGACUAGAAUAAAGUUAAAUCAUCGACCAUCAGUUGGAGUUAUUCGUUGGGAUGCUUGGAAUUUAGUUAAUGGUCAAUAUGAUUCUAUUUCGUUUUAUUUACAUCGAGCUUUAAGUCCUGAAAAAUUUCAUUAUCGUAUUCCAUUUUAUGCAUCAGUUCUUUCACCUACAAAUAUAUCUUUUAAUGGAGAUUUACAAAGUGUUAUGGAUCAAGAAAUUCUUUAUGCUCAACAUGCUGGUAUAGAUUAUUGGGCAUUUGAUACAUAUUGUCAAUUUGGAAUAAACUGUACUACUAAUAAUACAUAUUGUACUCAAUAUUAUAAACAAACAUCAAAUCAAUAUUGUCCUCAAAAUCCUACUUAUGGAUUAAAUUUAUAUCUUUCAAGUGUAUACAAAUCUUUAGUAAAUUUUACUCUUAUUUUAUUAGGCUCUUCACCGUGUGAUAUAACUUUUCAACAACAUUAUCUUGAUCUUAUGAAAUAUCCACAGUUUCAAACUGUAUUAGGAGGUCGUCCACUAUUGUAUUUAUUUCAAUUUGAUGAUGCUGAAGCAGAUAUUUGUGGAGGUGGAUGGUUUGGAAGUGGAUUAGUAUUUCAAAAAUUUAGACAAAUGGCUAUACGUCAAGGUAAAUUACAAUUAUUUUCAUAUAUUACAACUAAAUUAUUUUCCUUUCUUUUGUUUUUUUUUCCCAAAGGUCUUCAAAAUCCCUAUAUGGUUUUAAUGGAUUUUAAUGUUGCAACAGUUCAAUCACAUGCUUCAAUGCUUGGAUUUGAUGCAAUUUCAACAUAUGCAUUACCUGGUGGAAUUAUUGAUGGAACUCCAUUUGUUGAAUUACUUCAUUCAGCUCAACAAUGGUGGCAAUCUGCUCAUGACAUUGGAGCUAAAAUGGUACCAAUAGCUCCUACAGGUUGGGAUCCACGACCACGUGCUGAAAAUCCUGUACCAUGGGUUAUUGAAGGACCAGAACAUUAUAUUCAACCAUCAAUUGAAGAAUUACAAGAAUUAAUUCGAAGUGGAAUUAAUUUUACAUGUAACUAUAAUCAAACAGCUGAAGCACAAACAAUUAUUAUUUAUGCAUGGAAUGAAUGUAGUGAAACUAGUGGUUCACUUGUUCCAUCUAUGGGAAAUGGAACUCUUUAUAUUGAUGCUUUAUCAAAAAUUCUUCCGAUGUAUUGCUAA